AAGCAAAGAGUUAAUAAAAUUCCUAAACCUAAAACCCCUUCUUCUUCUCUCUAGCGCCGACCCCCUCUUCCCCUCUUCUUCCAAAUUGGCGGCAUCAGCAGCCAAAUCCUCCCCCCCCCCUUUUUUCUUAAAAUUCCCAACUUUCCAAUCCCUAGUUAGAUCAAUCCCUAAUUGAUCUAUAGCUAAUUUCUCCAAUCCCGAUCACGUUAGAAACCUUGUUUCUAACAUCUGGUAUCAGAGCAAGGUUCGAGAGUGAGUUCUUUGAGCUCUUGAACCAAGGCAAACAACAAUGGUGUCGACAAAAUCGAUGAAGGCAGCAGAGAAGGCGGCGCGGGCAGCAGAGGAAACCACAGAGGCGAGCAACAUGGGGCUCGACGGAAGGGUGGAGGAUGAGACUGAACUGGAGGCGAUCGAGGAGGUGGUGCACGAGCACUCAGAUGCGCUGGCUCGGCUCGAAGAAGGCCUGGCAAGAGUGCAGGCUGACGCGAAGGCAGAUGCUGAUGAUCUGCGACAGAGGCUGGAGGACCUGAUGCGAGCGAUUGCCUCGCUGCAGGCAAGGGGGAACAGAGUAGGGGGAGCGCGGAUCCCGGCUGAGCCGGCGAUCGAAGGAGGCGGAGCGCCUGGUGCGGUGGAGGCGGCGGCGACCGCGGCUGGAGGUUCGGCUGUCGGCGGGACAACCGCGGCGACGGCAACGGCGGCGCAGGGGGGUACGGCGCUCGCGACGGCCGGGGCAGGCGGGGCGGCAGGCGGCGGGGCGAUCGCGGCGAAGGCGGCGGCGACUCAGGCCGAUGCGUCGAUCGCGACGGCCGAGGGAAGCAGGGCAGCGAACACCGGGCCGAGCUUAUCGAACUGCAGUAGGGGUGGGCUCGGGUCUGUUACCGACACCUACGACCCACGAGAUUGCGGCCCGAAAGGGAAAGGCUAAGAUGCCCGGGUAUGACACAGACGGGCCUCCUAUGAAUAAUGGGCUGGGACCGUU